GACCUUCAGCCCUCACAGUAGACGGUGGGAGACUAGACGAAGCAGCUCGGCCGCCAGCGGGUUUAUAUCGUUGGUUAGAGGUCAAAGAAGAAGCUCAGAGCUUUACAAGAAAAAAAGGGGCGACACGGAAAACGCCUUGAAGAACCUGAAGUGAAGUUAACUGUGGGAAAACAACACGAGAGAAGACAAGAAAGAAGUUACGAUAUUCUAAACCAGUGAAACAGAAAAUUAAAACCAAGACAUGGAGAUCCAACCACAGAGCAGAGAGUCGACCAAGAUGGAGGAGGGGGAGGUGUCAGCUUCUCAGGCCGUGGAUGGAGAGAUUGAGAAAGUUGUGACAGUGGAGGAAAAGGAAGAAGAGAAUUUCCAGGAGAUGACGGUAACGUCCAUGACGACUGUUUACACGGCGACAACCAGACGUGAUGAAGAGGAGGAGGAGGGGGAAUGUAAGGAUGUAAUGGAGGACGAGGAGGAGGGGGGAAGGGAGAAGGAAGAAGAUGAUGCAGAGAUGGAUGGAGAGGAUGAAGAAGAGGAUGAAGAAGAGGAUGAGAGGUCGGAACCAAAGAGGUUGUUGGGAGUUUGGGAAUCUGAGGCCUCCUCCGACGUGAAGCCUCCACUGCCAGACCCUUCCUUUAACAGGAGGUGCAGUUUGCUCGUCAGUGAUGUCAAGUACAAGGAGGACUUUGAGAAGAUGAAGGGCCAGAGCAUGUUUGUUCCAGGAGCCGAGCUCAUCCACUCCAAGAACAUCAGCGCCGUGAUCUCCGAGUCAAAGUACAAGGAGGAGGGGAAGAAGGAGGCGUCGCUGUCUCUCUACUCCGUCCUGCCUCAGACUCCUGAGACACAACGAGCCAGAGAAGCUUCAGAGCUGCAGAGCGAGAUUAAAUACAAGGGAAACGUGAAGACUGAGAUUUCCUCCUCCCUUUAUUCUCUGCUGCCACAAACCACAGAAACCCAGUUUGUCAAAGAGCUGACAGAGAUCCUGAGCGAGAACAAGUACAAAGAGGAAGGAAAGAAGGAGAUGAGCAACAGUUUGUAUUCUCAGCUUCCUGAAACCGCGGAGAUGCAGCUGGCCAAGGCCGUCCAUGAGUUUCAGAGCGAGAAAAAAUACAAAGAAGACGGGAAGAGGAAGGCCUCAAUCUCCCUCUACUCCCAACUUCCAGACGCUCCAGAAAUACAGCACGCUCUGGAGAUGUCACAGCUGCAGAGUGAGGUGAAUUACCGUCCUAAGAUGCACGUCAGAGGAGCUCCGUCCUCUCUGUACUCUCAGCUCCCGGACACAACAGAGAUCCAGUUUGCCAGAGAGAUGACUGAGAUGCAGAGUGAGAGUAAGUACAAGGAGGGCAGAAGGAGCCUUUCUCAGAGUUUCUACUCUCAGCUCCCUGAAACCGCAGAGACUCAGUUUGCUAAAAGUGUUGCUGAGCUGCAGAGCGAGAUGCGCUACAAAGACUUGGGUAAGAAAGGCAUGAGCUCGAGCCUGUACUCUCUCCUCCCGGAAACCUUAGAGACAGCUCAUGCCAAAGAAGUAUCAGAGCUUCUCAGUGAGGUAAAGUAUAAAGAAGACGGUAAAAAGGAGAUGAGCAUCAACCUGUACUCUCUUCUGCCCGAGACCAUCGACACCCAGCACGCUAAAGAGGCGUCAGACCUGCUGAGUGAGGUGAAGUAUAAAGAAGGCCUGAAGCAGAAGAUUCAGAGCAGUUUGUACCAUCAGAUGCCUCAGACCACGGAGACACAGCUGGCUAAACAGCUGUCUGAGCUGCAGAGUGAGGCGAGAUAUAAAGAGGCUGGGAAGAAAGAGGUGAAUACCUGCCUGUACUCUCUCCUGCCUGAAACUCUGGAGACCCAGCAUGCAAAAGAGACCACGGAGCUGCUCAGUGAGAUCAAGUACAAGGAGAGCGGGAAGAAGGAAAUGUCCAGCUCGCUCUACUCCACUUUACCCGACACGUCAGAGACCAGCUUCGCAAGAGAGAUGACGGACAUGAUCAGUGAGAGUAAAUACAAAGAGAGCGGGAUGAAGCGUCUGUCUCAGAGUAUCUACAGCCAGCUGCCAGAGACCGCUGAGAUGCAGUUCGCUAAAAACGUGGCUGAGCUGCAGAGCGAGAUGAGGUACAAGAAGGGGAAGAAAGAAGCGUCCGGCUCUUUGUACUCCACUCUGCCUGAGACUCUGGACACGCUGCACGCAAAGCAGGCGUCUGAACUACAGAGCGAGCUCAAGUACAGGGGUUCCUUGAAGAAAGGUCUUUCCUCGAGUCUGUUCCACCAGCUACCAGAAACCAUAGAGACGGCCCACGCCAGAGAAGUGUCUGAGCUGCUCAGUGAGGUGAAGUACAAAGAAGAUGGGAAGAAGGAGAUGAACAUCAAUCUUUACUCUUUGCUGCCUGAGACGAUCGACACACAACACGCUAGAGAAGCAUCAAACCUGCAAAGUGAGGUGAAGUAUAAAGAAGGUCUGAAGCAGAAGAUUCAGAGCAGUUUGUACCAUCAGAUGCCUCAGACCACGGAGACACAGCUGGCUAAACAGCUGUCUGAGCUGCAGAGUGAGACCAAGUACAAGGAAGCAGGGAGGAAAGAAGCGAGUACCUGCCUGUACUCCCUCCUGCCUCACACUAUGGACACGCAGCACGCGAAAGAGGCUGCAGAGCUGCUCAGUGAGAUCAAGUACAAGGAGAGCGGGAAGAAGGAGAUGUCCAGCUCGCUCUACUCCACUUUACCCGACACGUCCGAGACCAGCUUCGCCAGAGAGAUGACGGACACGCUGAGCGAGAACAAGUACAAGGAGGAUGGAAAGAGAAACCUCUCCCAGAGCAUUUACUCUCAGCUCCCAGAAACCACUGAGACUCGCUUCGCCAAAAAUGUGUCAGAGCUGCAGAGUGAGAUGAAGUACAAGGAAGCAGGAAAGAAGGGAGUGUCCAGUUCUCUCUACUCGACUCUACCAGAGACCCUGGAAACUCAGCACGCUAAAGAGGCUUCCCAGCUGCAGAGUCAGCUAAAGUACAAGCAGGGUUUGAAGACGGACGCCUCCAGUCUUUACCACCUGAUGCCAGAGACCAAUGACACUGAGUUUGUCAGACAGCAGAUGGAGAUGCUCAGUGAGGUCAAGUACAAAGAAGAGGGCAAGAAAGAAAUGAGUGUCAACCUGUACUCUCUGCUCCCGGACCCCCUGGACACCCAGCACGCUAAAGAGCUGACCAGGAUGCAGAGCGAGGCUAAAUACAAAGAAACCAGUAAGAAGCAGGCGUCAGCGUCUCUGUACCACCGACUGCCUGAAACCCUGGAGACACAGCACGCUAAAGAGGCAUCACAGCUACAGAGUGAGAUCCUGUACAAAGACGCUGGGAAGAAGGAGUUGUCAUGUCCGGUUUACAACCAGCUCCCUGACACUCUAGAGACCCAGUUCGCCCGGGAGAUCUCCGACAUGCAGAGCCAAAACAAGUACAAAGAAGAAGGGAAGAAGAGUCUGUCUCAGAGUUUCUACUCUCAGCUGCCAGAAACAGCAGAAACCCAGUUUGCUAAAACUGUGUCUGAGCUGCAGAGCGAGACCAAGUAUAAGAAGUCAGGGAAGAAGGAGACCGGCAGUUGUUUGUACUCAGUGAUGCCAGAAACUCUGGAAACUCAACAUGCCAAGCAGGCCUCACAAAUCCAGAGCCAGGUCAAGUACAAAGAGGACCUGCAGAAGGAGCUGUCGUCCAGUCUGUUCUCCAGCCUUCCUCAGACCCUGCAGACCGAGCUGGCGAAGGAAGUGACGGAGCUUCAGAGUCAGGUGAAGUAUAAGGAGGGCUUUAAGAAGGAGGCGUCUUCGUCCCUCUACCACCUCUUACCGGAGACGGCAGACAUGCAUUUUGCCAAGCAGAUGUCAGAGAUCCAGAGCGAGGCCAAGUAUAAGAAGGACAAAGAGGAUCUUCCCAACACGCUGUACUCUCUGCUGCCUGAAACUCUGGAGACUCAGUUUGUUAAGGAGAUGUCUGAGACGCACAGCGAGGUGAAGUACAAGCAGGCGGUGAAGCAGCAGACUGCCACCACUCUUUACUCCAAACUACCGGAAACUCUGGAGACCAAACACGCCAAAGAAGUGACUGAACUGCAGAGUGAGAAAAAGUACGUGGAGGGAGGGAGGAGGGAGAUGGCGUCGUCUUUGUACUCUCAGCUCCCAGAAACUGCAGAGACACAGUUCGCCCGGGAGAUGAGUGAAGUCCAGAGCGAGAACAAAUACAAGGAAAGUGGGAAGAAGAGUCAGAGUGUGAGCGUUUACUCUCAGCUGCAGGAGACCAAUGAAAUCCAGUUCGCCAAAGCUUUAUCUGAGAUACAGAGCCAGGCCAAAUACAAGGAAGCAGGGAGAAAGGAAGCGUCCAGCUCUCUGUACUCGAAGCUGCCAGAGACUCUGGACACUCGUCACGCUAAAGAGACGUCUCAGCUGCAGAGUCAGGUGAAGUAUAAGCAGAGCGGCCUGGAGGAGGCGAGCGGUGCUCUGUAUCACCAGCUACCCGUUACCACGGAGACGCAGCUGGCCAAGGAGCAGAGGCAGCUCUGCAGCGAGGUCAAGUACAAAGAAGACGGCAAGAAGGAGAUCAGCAAGAACCUGUUCUCACUGCUCCCAGAGACGCCGCAGACGCUGUUCGCCAAACACAUGUCAGAGAUGCAGAGCGAGGCGAACUACAGGAAGGACAAAGAGGAUCUGCCCAACACGCUGUUCUCUCUGCUGCCUGAAACUCUGGAGACUCAGUUUGUUAAGGAGAUGGCUGAGAUGCACAGCGAGGUCAGGUACAAGGAGGCAGGAAGGAAGGAGGCCAGCAGCUCUCUGUAUCACCAGCUGCCUGAGACUCUGGAGACGCAGCGUGUUAAAGAGGUUACAGAGCUGCAGAGCGAGAACAAGUACAAGCAGAGUGGGAAGAAGUCGAUGACGUCCAGUUUGUACGCUCACCUGCCCCAGACGGCUGAGACGCAGCUCGCCGCCAAGAUGUCCGACCUGCAAAGCGCGACUAAAUACAAGGAGGACGGCAUCAGGAGUCUCUCUCAGAGCUUCUACUCUCAGCUGCCAGAGACGACAGAGACGCACUUAGCUAAAGCUGUGUCAGAGCUGCAGAGCGAGGCCAAGUACAAGGAAGCGAGCAAGAAGGAAGCAAACAGCUGUUUGUACCAUCGGCUGCCUGAAACGCUCCAGACUCAACACGCAAAAGAGGCGACUGAGCUGCAGAGUCAGGUGAAGUACAAAGAAGGCAAGAAGGAUCUGAGCUCCAACCUUUACUCUCUGCUGCCUGAGACGGAGGAGAUGAAGUUUGCUAAAGCCGUCAUGGAGCUUCAGAGUGAGAGUAAAUAUAAGCUGAAAGGCAAACAGGAGAUCAGCGCCAGCGUUUUCCACCAGAUGCCGGAGACGAAGGAGAUGGAGCUUGUGAAACAGAUCUCAGAACUUCAGAGUGAGAUCAACUACAGGAAGGACAAAGAGGAUCUGCCCAACACGCUGUUCUCUCUGCUGCCUGAAACUCUGGAGACGCAGUUUGUUAAAGAGAUGUCGGAGACACACAGCGAGAGUAAAUAUAAGGAGGCCGGGAGGAAGGAGCUGGUUAACUCCCUGUAUUCUCUGCUGCCUGAGACCAAAGACACUCAACAUGCCAAGGAGCAAACUCAGCUGCACAGUGAGAAAGUCUACAGGGAAGAGGGCAGGAAAGAGGCCGGCUCCAGUCUGUACGCUCAGAUGCCCCAAACCAUCGAGACCGUCUUCGCUAAGGAGCUGACCAAGACACAGAGCGACAAGUUCUAUAAGGAGAAGUAUAACAGAGAGAAGGGGAAGUCUGACUACACCACCAUGAAGACUCUGCCUGCGGUGGAUCACGCCAUGGAGGUCGCCAAGAACCAGAGCGAUGUCGGCUACAGAAAAGGCAAAGAGGAGCUUCAUCACUACAACACGGCGCCGGACCGACCGGACAUCGUCAACGCCACCAAUGCUGCUAAACUGGCCAGCGACGUUGCCUAUAAGAGCAACGCUAAGCAGCCGGUUUACAGUGACGGUUCCCUGCUGGACAGAACCGACAUCCAACACGCCAAAGAUGUUUCAAGGCUAGCCAGCCAGGUGAAGUAUAAAGAGAACUUCGACCAGGAAAAAGGCCAGAAACCUCGUUACAACCCUCUGGACUGUGUCUCCUUCAGACACACUCAGGCAGCUGCUGCUCUGGCCAGUCAGGUGAAGUAUAAGAGCAACCAGAACCAGAGAGCGGACGGUUGUUCGGACGUUCCCAACCUCCUGCAGCUGGAGCACGCGCUGCAUGCCAGCAAACUACAGAGCAACGUGGAGUAUAAGAAGAAGUACGAGCAGACCAAGGCUCAGUACCACAUGGCUCUGGACACGGCUGAACAGCUCCACCACAAGGACAACGCGGUGCUGCACAGCCAGGUGAAGUACAGGGAGGAGUACGAGAGGAACAAAGGUCACUCUCUCAUGGAGUUUGGAGACACUCAGACGUACAAAGUUUCUAAAGAAGCGCAGAAGAUGCAAAGUGAGAGGGAGUACCGCAGGGACUACGAGGAGCAGGUGAAGGGCAAAGCCUUGGUGGACGUGGACCUGACUCCUGGAUACCUGACGGCGCGUCAUGCUAGCAGCCUGCUCAGUGAGAAGGAGUACAGGAAGGACCUGGAACAGGAAGUGAAGGGGCGGGGCUUGUCAGGCCUCGGCCUUGAGGAGACGCCUGAGCUGCUGAGGGUUAAGAAAGCCAACCAGAUACUGAACCAGAAGGAGUACCGCAAGGAUCUGGAGAGGGAGAUCGUGGGUAAAGGCAUGGAGCUGAGCGCCGACGUCCUGGAGAUGCAAAGAGCCAAGAGAGCCUCAGAGAUCCAGAGCCAGACGUCCUACAAACAGACGGAGCAGCUCAGAGAGAAUUUAUACGGGACGGUUACAGACACUCCUGAGCUUCUGCACGCCUCCUACCUCCGAGACAUCUACAGCCAGAAGAAGUAUAAGGACGACGCGGAGCGUCUGAAGGGAAGCUACAGCCUGGUGUCAGAAACCCCCGAGAUGGAGAGAGUCAAAGCCAACCAGAGACACAUCAGCUCCCUGCGGUACAGCUGGGACUCCAAGCUGAUGAGAGGCCUGAUGUCGUCAGUCACAGAGACACCGGAGAUCGUACUCGCCAGAGAGAACGCCAAGAAGAUCAGCGACGUCCAGUACCGGGAGGAGGUGGGACGUGGCACCGCCGUCAUGGACACACCUGAGAUGGAGCGAGUCAGACGUAACCAGGAGAACAUCAGCUCCGUGAAGUACAAGCAGAGCGCUGUGAAGGCCACUAGUGUCGGAGUGACUCCAGAACUGGAGAGAGUCAGACAAAACCAGGAGAACAUCAGCUCGGUGAAGUACCAGCGCGGCCUCCAGGAGACGAGGGGGCGGAGCUGCACCGAGCUGGACACACCUGAGUACAGGCGUGUCAGGAAGUCCCAGGACUCGGUUUCUAUGGCGAAGUACCACGAGGACUUUGAGCGAGCGCGAGGCCGAGGCUUCACGCCCGGACUGGACGACCCGAGCAUGGAGCGCUACCAGAGAGCCAAUCAGAUGAUGGCGGAGGCGGCCUACAGCAAAGGGAUCCACCCCCAGGCCAUGGAGCUGGACAGGAGACCAGGAGGCAUCAUCGUAGACCUGAAGGUGUGGAGGACGGACCCCGGCUCCAUCUUUGACUUUGACCCUCUGGAGGACAACAUUCAGUCUAAGAGCCUCCGCAGGAUGUCUGAGCGCGCUGGGCGCAGGCUGAGCAGGCAGCUUUCCCAGCAGUCUCUCACCCACAGCCAGACUCAGUCCGCCAGCUCUCUGACCUCUGACCUCUGGGAUCGCAGCAGCACCGACACUCCCGCUCCUGUCCUCCCCGGCGCGUAUCAUCAGGGCGUCCAGAUGCAGCCGCAGCAGCAGUAUCACGGCUACAUGCACCAGACCAGCAUGUCCUCCGUCAGAUCCGUCACCUCCCCUCCACAUUCCACCACCAUGCGCGUUUACCGGGCGCUGUACGACUACGCGGCCCAGGACCACGACGAGGUGUCGUUCAGGGACGGCGACGUCAUCAUCAACGCUCAGCCCAUCGACGAGGGCUGGAUGUACGGCACGGUGCAGAGGACCGGCAAGUCCGGCAUGCUGCCUGCAAACUACGUGGAGUGCUGCAACUAAAGCAUCAGGGAAGGAGGAGAUCAGGCUGGGGUCACAUUUACAGAAUAAAAUCCGCCCUCGGUGUUAGAAAAGUGGAAGUUUGUGAUGUUCUUUGCAUUUUGUUAUGUUCAGUGUAUGUUAAGCUCCUUUAAAAUCCGUGCGCAGUCAUUCUUCCUCCUCAGGUGCUGCUGAAAGGCAUUCUGGGAGGUUUAAGCUGUUACUCACUGAAGGACAAGGCAGAUGAUUUUGACUCAUUCUUAGUCCCGAAAUAACUGGAAUGCACUGAACAUCACAAGCUGCUGAUAUCAGGUAAUAACUGAUGUGAGGGGGAUUUUCUUAUGUAGAGGAGGAGCUGAGGGAGAGGAGACGUGGUAAAGAGGAGGUGGAGGGAUAGAUCCAGGAUGCUGUCGAUAAGAUGUCAGAUUAGAGGAGGAAGAAGAAGGAGGAGGAUGCAUGAAGAGAGCGGGUGAUAGAUUCAACUAGUUUGUCGCCUGUGAAGUAAACGAAGGAAGGACUGUAUAUUUUUAUCUCAAAAAUUUCACAAAAUGUAGGAAAAAAAUUUAUAAAACAGUAAAAGUAUAAUAGAAAUCAGCCUUAAUUAAGCUUAAAGAACAGGUCAGAUGACAUCACUUAUUUUUUGUUGCCAGCAAUUCACAUAAAAAUAAAAACUUAACCAACAAAUACUGCAGUUUUUUUGCAGCAUCCUGCUGCAACAGUGUCAACUUUGCAUUAAAUAUUGAGAAAGUCCCUAACAAAUGCAUUACUUCCUGCUCUACACAGAAAUAUUGUGAGCUCUCUUUUUAUUUUUAGAGAUGUGCACUUCAUGUGCAAAGAGUGAAAGGCCUCAGACAGAGACAGGAAGUCAGAAAACACUGAGAGAUGCACCAACAUAUCGAUAGUUUUUGGUAUUUUCAUGGGAUUUUCUGACAAUAACAAACUGUAGAAUAUCAGACUUUUAUGUGAUGGGAUGUGGAGAAAAAGAAGAUCGACAGAAAAGCAGUUAGAUCUGUCUUCAGGGCAUGAAGUCAGUGUUUUCUCCAGACUGAUGCAACCAAAGGAAGGAGGGAGGGAGGGAGGGAAGGAGGGAGGGAAGGAGGGAAGGUGGGGAGACAUAUGAGGGGCGCAAUUAAAGGCAAAAGUUAAUUAAAGCACAGUUUUGAGAUUUUAAUCCUCAGUUUUCAUACAUGUUCAGGUGAGUGUGAUUUAGUUUUGAGGUUUCUGAUAUUUUAUAAUCUGCAGAAAGACGGGACGCUUCAGUUUUAAACAGCAACACGAACCACUGUGUUUGCAAAGGACUUAACUAACACACUGUGUCUUUACGUUUCUAGUGUUUUUAUUUCAUCUUAAACCAUGAAAGUUUUCCUGUCAUGUGCCGUCUGGAUAAUUUAACUGUCAUCUCCACUGAAACCUGAACAGACUGGGCGAGUACGUCGCAGACUCUUUUGAUACACGGGCUCUCGUCUAUGUUUUGGAAGCUAUAUCUUAUUCUUUGACUUGUUUGUAUCAGUAAGUCAUGUUUUUGGGGUUGUCUUUGCCGUGUGAUUGCAUCCUGGUCGUUUACUGAAUAAAAACCUUCACUCAGCCGUGAUUUGUCAUUUGAGCUGAAUAGCAUUUUUUUUUUUUAUGUUUGAUUUCAUUAAAAGAAAUAGAUGCAAUAGAAUAUUAUUUACUGAAUUCUUCAUGUGUUAGCUUGAUUCUGGGAGAAGCACCUGCUGUUUUAUGAAUCUGUUUCGUGUGUGGGUUUGCUUGCAUUGAGCAUUUCUUGCUUCACCAUUGUAAAGAUUUUUUUCCUGUUUAGUCUUUAUGUUGUCACAGAUUAUACUAAAUAUUAUUUGAAAUUAUAUAUCACUCAAUCGAUUCUGUUAUUUUGCCAUAUUGUUAUUGCAGUGUGUUACAUGUGGGACAAAUAAAAUGAAAUGAGCUGUCA